AUGGAUAACAGAUAUAAAGAUGGAGAAAGUAAUACUAAUAAUUUGGAAGAAAAUGAUGUGAAUAAUUUUGUUUUAAAAAAUAAAAAUGACAUAGAAAGCAAAUCAGAAAAGCAAUUAAAUGUGAAUGAAAAUUUAAGUAUGUAUAAUUCUUAUUAUCAAAAUGUACUGAAUAUUAAUUAUAAAACAAUAAAUAAUGAAAAAAGGGAUAUAAAAAACGAGCAGAAUGUGCAAAUUAAAAAGUUAAAUGAUAUUAAUAUAGAAAGUAACUAUAAUAUGAAUUCUGCUACUAUUGGUAGUAAAAAUACAUUAAGUAAAAAUAAUAAUAACAUUAAUGGUUUGUUUAAUGAUUUUAGAAAGAAUAAAAAUAAUUUUUUCAAUUCAGAAUCUAAUUAUCUUGAGGAAAAAACAGAUACAAAUAAUUUUGAUGAAGAAAUUAAAACUAAUUCAAAGGAUAAUAUGGAAUGUAUGUUAUUUAAUAAACUUAAUCAUAACACAAAUAAUAAAAUUAGUUCUGAUGAAAAUAAAAAUUUAAAUAAUAUUUAUUCAAAUACGAACUUCUUAAGUGAUACUUAUAAUAAUGAUUCUAAUAAUGAUGUAAAUAAUUGUAACUAUAAUUAUAUUAAUAACGAUAACAGCAAUAAUAUGAGUUGUAACAUAAAUAAUAUGAAUAAAAAUAGAAAUAAUAUAUAUGAUAACUUAAAUAAAUCAAUUAAUGUUAAUGUUUCAAAUAAAAACAUUAAUAAGUUUUGUAGCACAAAUAAUAACAAUAACAAUUAUAAUAAUAAUAAUAAUAGUAUUUAUAAUAAUGCAAAUAUUGUAAGUAAUUCAAAUAAUAACUCUUUUAAAACUUAUAAUCCAAAAAAAAAGACGAAAAAUAUAAAUAAUUUUUUAAAUAUUGAUGUAAAUGCAAAUUCAGAAAAAAAUUCUUCCAUUAUUAAAAAAAAUUGCUAUAUAAAAAAUUAUCUAAAUCUAGAAGGUAAUAUAAAAGGUAGAACUGAUAUUGAGAAUUUUAAUUAUAUUAAAGAAAAUAAGAAAAGUGUAACAAAUAGCAUAAGAUAUAAUGAUAAAGAAAAUAAUAAUUCUAUUUUAGAAAAUAAGAAUAGUACGAAUGUAAUUUUAAACACAUGUAUGAACAAAGUUAAUAAUUAUAAUGAAGAAAAUAUAUUACAACUGAAUAUUAGCAAUGAAGAUUGCUUUAAAUCAUCGAAAAAUUCAAAAAAUAAUGAUUUAAAUAAUGAUGUAGGUAAAACUUAUAUUACUAUAAAAGAAAAUUGCAAUAAAUCAGAAAAAAAAGAAAAUUGUUUUAGUAAGGUAAAUAGCAAUAACUUUCAUAAUAAUGAUAUAUAUGGAAAUGACUAUUAUAAUAAUUGUAAUAGUAACAUUUUUACUUCUCCACAUGAAAAAAAUGAAAAACUACAUAAUAAUUUAAGUUAUGAAAAAAAGUAUAUGAAUAAUAAUUUUUUGAACGAUAGAUAUUUAAAUUAUAUGGAAAGCGAUUAUAAUGAUAAUUCAUUUGAUAUAUGUGAAAUGAAGAAUAUAAAAAAGAAUGACGAAACUAAAAUUGAAAAUAAGGAAGAAUUAAAAGAUUUUUCAAAUGACUAUUUAUUAUUUAAAAAUAAUGAAAAUUCUUUUAAUUAUGAUAUCAACGAUUAUGUUUUACUGAAUAAAAAUUUUAAAAAUUAUAAUGCAUCAGGUGAAAGUAAUGCAAAAGAAAUGAAGACAGAUUGUAUGACAACUGAUAGUACUAUAUAUACGAAUAAUAUUCUUAAUCUACAUAAAAAUAUAGAAGAAGAGAAUGAUGAAAUCUAUCAGAAUUAUAAUUAUUAUGAAAAUGAUAAUAUUAAUAUAAUGCAAAAAGAAAUUGAUGAGGAAAGUUUAAAUAAAAAAAUAAAUAUAGGUAGUAGGGAGAGUAUUUUAAAUGUAAAUAGUUUUGAGAAAAAUUAUGAUUUUGAAGAAAAUUCACAUAUGUACAAGCAUUUAAAUUUUUCUGAUAAUUUAAAUAUGAACAAAAAUUUAUCAUUUUUAAAUUUUGAUGAUACACUUAAUGAAUGGAGGCGUAAGCAAAAUAAUGAUAAUUUUUUGAAAAAGGAAAAUAAUAACAUGAACACAUGUUCAUUUUUUGAGAAAUUAACUUUAAAUGAAAAUGAAAGCUUGGAAAAUGGAAGAGAAAAUAAUGUUUCUAUUUCAAUGUAUGAUAUGCAAGAAAAUAUAAAUGAAAAAAAUUGUUUUAAAUGCACUAUUGAAAACAGUGAUCAAUGCGAUGAUCGUAUGAAGAAAAACAUGCAUAAUAUUAUUAUGCAUAAGAAUAACCUCAAUAGGAAUAUAAAUUUUGAUGUUAGUGAUUUUUGUAGAAAUGCUAAUAAUAUAAGCAAUGAUAAUAUAAAUGCCAGCAAUAAUGAUAAUAGUUUAUGUGAUAAAAAUAUAAAUAAAUAUGUUGAUAAUAAUUAUUUGAAUAACCAUGAAUAUAAUAAUAAUAACAAUAAUUAUAAUCAUGAUAACGAUGUAAAUAUCUCAAAUAACGAAAAUUCAAUUAAAAAUAAUUCAAGUAAUGCUAACAGUAAUAAUAAUUUAAAUAAUAAUACAGAUAACAUAAAUUCAAAUGGAAAUGAUCGUAAUUCCUUUUUUAUGAAAGAAAAUGAUUUUCCAUAUUUAAAAUAUAAAAAUGAAUAUACCAAAAAAUAUAUAGAUGAAAAUAAUUUAAUGUUUCACAAUGAAUUUGACACUUUCGAUAUAAAAGAUAAGAAAAAGGGUUGUGAAAAAAUGAAAAAGAAUAAUUAUGAUAUGAAAUGGAUUAAUAGUAAUUUAUCACCUAAUAAUAAAAAUGAAAUAAACAAUGAAGUUAUUUCCAAUGUUAAUAGUGGAGAUUGUAAUAAUUAUUAUUUGAUUUUAAAUAAUAAAGGGAUAUGUUAUGAUACUAAUAGAAGUGAUUUUCCAAAUGAUUGUGAGGAAAAGUUUGAUGAUAAAAAGAAGAAAAAUAAACAUAAUUUAAAUUAUUGUAAUAUGAAUAAUAAUAGUAGUAACAAUAACAUCAAUGAUAAUAAUAAGAAUAUUAAUAAUAACAAUAACAACCAAAAUAAUAAUAAUAUUAACAAUAACAAUAAUAAUAAUAAUAGCAAUAAUAAUAAUAAUAGUAAUAAUAACGAUAAUAACAAUAAUAGUAAUGAUAAUAAUAAUAAUAAAAAUGUUAAUAAUAACAAUAACAACAAUAAUAAUAGCAGUAAUAAUGAUAAUAGUAAUAAUAACGAUAAUAACAAUAAUAAUAAUGAUAACGUUAAUAUGAGUAAUAAUAAUAAUAUUAAUAUGAGUAAUAGUAAUAACAAUGAUAAUAGUAACAAUAACAUUAAUAUAAAUAAUAAUAAUAAUAAUGAUAAUAGCAUUAAUAAUAAUAGUAGAAAAAAAAAUGUAGAAAUUGAAAAUAAUUUAUAUAUGAAUGACUUUAAUAUUGAUCUACUGAGUUAUAAAAAUAUUAAAUUUGACAAUUUUUCAUAUAAGGGUGAUCUUAUAAGUAAUGAAAAAUCUCCAAACAACUAUUUAAAAUUUUCUUCUAGUAAUUUAUUUAACAAUGAUUAUAAUGAUUGUGAGAAAAAUGCUUUUGGAAAUGAUGUAUUUAAUAUUAAGGAUAAGGAAAAUAACAAUUAUGUUAAUUAUUCGAAACUAAUGAAUAAAGAUAAUAAUUCAAUUAGUAGAUACUGUGAUAACUCAAAGGAAGAAAAUAAUUUAAAUAUAUGUUCUAGUGUGCUUAAUGGAAAUAAUAAUGAUAAAAUUAAUUUGAAGUCUUCUAGAUUUUUAAAAAGUAGCAUUAAUAAUAAUUCUUAUUAUUCAAAUAACGAAAAAAAGGAAACUUAUUGUUUGCCAAUAACAAAUAAUAUAUUAGAACUUAAUAAAAACAUAAAUUUAAUAACAAAUGAAAAAGAAAAAGAAAUCAUUGAUCCAGUUUUUUGUUUAAGUAAAAAAAGUUUUAAAAAUAAUUAUUCUAUGAAUACAGAAAAAUGUAGCAGCAUUCAUAAUAAUUUGAAUGAUAUAAAGAAUGAUGAAAUAAUGUUUAAUAUUAAUAACAAAUACAAUAUGUAUAACAUAAAUAAUGAAAAUAAUAUAUACCAUAUAGAUAAUGAAGAUAAUAUGUAUAACUUGAAUGAUGAAAAUGAUAUAUAUGAUAUGGAUAAUGAACAAAACAUGUAUGACAAUAUAGAAAAUAUGCACCCUACAGAAAAUAACUGUGCGUAUAAUAAACUUAAUAACUUAGAAAAAAAUAAUAAGAAUUUAUAUCUUAUGGAAAAUGAUUAUAUGUAUAAUAACAUAGAUAAUGAUAUAUACAAUGAUAUGAAUAACUUACAAAGUAAUGAAAAUAUAUGUGAUAAUAGAAAUAACAUAGAAAAUAAUUCAGAUGUGUGUGGUAAUAUCGGAGAACAUGGCAAUGCAUGUAACAUGAAUAGUAUUGAAAACAAUAUGGAUUUUAUAUUAGGUGAAAAUGAGGAAGUGGAAAAAGAAUCAAAAGGAAACGUGAAUAAUGAUAAAAUAAAUGAACUUCAAAACAUUAUAAAUAGUUUAAAAUUUAAAAAUAGACAAUUGGAAAAGGAAUUAACUGAUAUAAAGAAUAUGUAUUUAAAAAAGAAGCAGUGUUUAAUAUUAAAUAGUCUAAGUAAUAAAAAUGAUGAUAUUAACAGUUAUUCAACUUUUAAGGACGAUACCAAUAAUUCUGACUGUGAAAGUGCAGUUCAAUCAAGUAAAUAUAUACAGAAUUUUUUAAAUGAUAAAGAGAAGUAUAAUUAUGAUACAAAAAUAUCUAUUCAAAAAUUUCAUUUAGCUUAUACUAAUAAUUCAAUUGGAAAAUUAAAAAUAGCAGCGCAAAGAGAUAUUAGUGGAUCUUUUAUGGGACCUAAAGGAAUACAUGUAAAAACAAUAAAAUCUUCUUUACAUAUUUCUGUUUAUAAAAGUGCAAAAGAUGUAUGGUUUCCUGGAUUUGCUGAUAGUCAUGUUUUUUUAUUAAAAGGAAAUAUAUUUGGAAUUUUAAGAGCAUGCCAGUUAUUAUAUCAUUAUGUAAAAUCGAAAAUGUCUUCUUCGAAAUGCUGCAUUUACCUAGUUGCUCCAUUUGAAUGCGUGCAAAAAUUAUUAGCUGAUGGUUGUAAGAGAAUGGCUAUUAUAAAAGAAGAAUGUGGAGCUGAUGUAAGAUUAGGAAAUUUAUAUGUACAAGUUCAUGAAGGUUUUACUGAAAGAUUAAUGGAAAUAAGAGGAAACGAAGUUAGUGUUGAUUGUGCUUUGGAAAAACUAGUUAUUUUUAUGCAAUCAUGUUUUUCUGUACAGUCAUAUGAUUAUGAACUGUUAAAAUAUCCAUGUCGCUCAGUAUUAAAUUUACAAUAA